AUGUCACGUCCAGAGCUUCAAGCGCCCCCAGAAUUUGCGAGUACAUUCUAUUAUGGUGAUACGGAAGCGAAAAAGUACACUACCAACACCCGAAAUCAACAAAUUCAAGCAGAUAUGACCUACAGAGCACUCGAGCUACUAAACAUACCGUCCAGUCAGCCCGUGUUCUUGUUAGACGUUGGCUGUGGUUCUGGAUUAUCUGGAGAGAUACUGGACGAAGAAGGAUACGUAUGGGCGGGCGUCGAUAUCGCCCCCAGUAUGCUUCAGGUUGCGCUAGAGAGGGAGGUCGAUGGUGAUCUGUUCUUACAAGACAUCGGUCAAGGUUUCGGCUUCCGUCCAGGGAGCUUUGACGGUGCAAUAAGCAUAUCUGUUCUGCAGUGGUUACUCAACGCUGAGACCUCACACCCAACAUCAUCGCCCCCGUAUCGCCUGAACCGUUUCUUCACUACCCUGUAUUCAGCUUUAAGGAAUCCAUCCCGUGCCGUUUUCCAGUUCUAUCCAUCAUCAGAUGACCAGAUACAACUCAUCACCUCGAUAGCCCAGAAAGCUGGUUUUGGCGGCGGCGUGGUCGUCGAUUAUCCGAAUUCUAAGAAGGCAAAGAAGGUCUUCUUAUGUUUGUUUGUUGGCAGUGGUGGUGGUCAGCAACUGCCCAAAGGUUUGGAAGGGGAAGAGGAUGAUCAUGUACGAUUCGAGAGAAGGCGCGAGAAGGAGAAGAGAAGAGAUCGUACCGGGAAGAGAAAAGGAGUGAAAGACAAAGCUUGGAUAUUGAAGAAAAAAGAGCUUUACCGCCAACGAGGCAAAGAGGGUGUUCCUCGAGACUCAAAAUACACGGGCCGGAAACGAAAAUCAAUUUUUUGAAAUCUCCAUCGCGUCAGUUGUUAUGUGCAUUUGUAGCAUACCCGUCUAUCUCUUGACGAAGAGAUCUUGGCAAGAUUCCACAGCCUCCUUAGCACCAUUCCUUAUGAACAGGCCUUGCAGAGCAGCCAUACUGAUCCGUCGUCCGCUGCGCAUCUCGUUUGCUGUGAGGACCUCGAGUUCCUGAGCCAGCCUAGCGACGUCUUCUGGGGGGAUAUCCUCACUACCACCGUAAAACCGUGUGAAUAGUGUCCGAACUUGAGAUGGAGACGCAUCAUCGACAAGUACUCUGAGAUCCACGCGACCUGGUCUGAUCAGAGCGGGGUCAAGGUUAUCGACAUGAUUAGUGGUCAUGAAUACCAUGCGCUCCUCGCCCGAUGCGACACCAUCGAGUGCAUUAAGGAAGCCUGAGAAUGUUACGGCCGACUGGUAUCUGGUGGUGGAUUGUAAGAAGCACUAA